AUGGCGUGGGAGCAGCUUCACUCCGGACCGUGGCACUCCGUUCUGCCCGUGUGGCGCGACGCGUACUCCAUGGCGUGCCUUCACGUGGCGCUCCUCCGCAAGGAUUUGGACUCUGCCGUCGCGAAAGUGUCGGAACAAACACGAACGUGCUCCCUCGCCAUGCUGCUUCGUGGAGCUCGGAUCGUUGGCAGCCAUCUGAUCAGCCUCUCCCUUCGAUCGGGAAGCCAAACAACGGCUGGGAUGAUCCCUCCGGCAUCGGUGAAAGUGGGGCACACAGACAGCACAAAAAGCAAGACCCUUUGGACGAGGUUGUUAGAAGGGAAGAGAGUGGAGAAGACUCCGGAGAGAAGGGUAAUCAUACCAGGAAAGGACACAACUUGGGUUUGGAAACACUAG